UCUCCGACCAGCUCAGACGAGCGCAGCCACCAAACGCAUCGCGCGCCUGCCCCGGGGAGGAGCGUCACUCCUGCGUCUCGGGGACACUUUUCUUCCCAUCAUCGAGGAAUUCCUUUUUAUCUCACUUACUUUAUUUUAUUUUCGCACAAAGGGCUCAAAGAAAAACGUCAGUAAUUUCUUUAUAUCCGCGAUCAUUUGAAAGUUGUUUCUCACGGACUGAAAUCGCAGUGCAGCACGCACGGAGGGCACCCAGUGCCCAGAAAGUCUCUGUAAAUGUGGAGGCGGACCAAACAGAAAGGAAAUUUUAAAAAGCGCAUGUGGUAAUUCCAUGCAAAGUGUAGAGAGAAGUGAAAAAAAAACGAUUUCAGCCUCGGAAGUGAACAUUUGGAAGAGCAUGGACCUGACAGCGCGCUUCCAGCCUGGAAACACUGUCUCUCCAUCGCGGGGUUCCUGUUUUUGUUCAACUCUGAACUGAGGAGAGGAUGAUGUUGCAGUGGAUAGUUAACAGAAAAGCCAGGAUGAGUUCAGCUGUGAAGCCAAGCCCGAUCCUCUCGGUUCUACUGCUGCUGCUGCUGUGGAGCAGGGCCAGCUUCUCCAUCAGCUCUAUAGAUCCCGACUGGUCAGUAGAGGGGAGAUGUCAGCACAUCAACAUCCCCAUGUGUAAGGACAUUGGCUACAACAUGACUCGCAUGCCAAACCUCAUGGGCCACGAUGAUCAGAAAGAAGCUGAACUCAAGCUGCAGGAGUUUGUGACGCUCAUCCAGUUCGGAUGCCACAGUCACCUCAAGUUCUUCCUCUGCUCGCUGCAUGCUCCCAUGUGCACAGAGCAGGUGUCCAACCCCAUUCCAGCAUGCAGGGUCAUGUGUGAGCAGGUCAAGCUGAAGUGCUCCCCGAUCCUGGAGAGUUUUAAUUUUCCCUGGCCAGAUUCUUUGGACUGUUCGCGUCUUCCGACCAAAAACGAUCCAAACAACCUGUGCAUGGAAGCGCCGACCAACGGAUCGGACGAGCCCCCCAAAGUGUCCCACACUCAGCCUCCAGAUUUUAGGCUUCAGCAGCCUUCAGGUGCAGGGAAGGACCUGCACCUGGAGAACAGUGGUACCAAGCAAACAUGCAAUCCAGACAAAUUCCACUUUGUGGAAAAGAGUCAAUCCUGUGCCCCGAAGUGCUACCCCAAAGUGGAUGUAUACUGGAGUCAGGGGGACAAGCAGUUCUCCCUGAUGUGGAUGGCCAUCUGGUCCAUCCUGUGCUUUGUCUCCAGUGCCUUUACUGUACUCACUUUCCUUAUUGACCCGCAGAGAUUCAAGUACCCCGAGAGGCCGAUCAUCUUCCUCUCCAUGUCCUACUGUGUUUAUUCCGUGGGCUACCUCAUUCGGCUUUUUGUGGGAGCCGACAGAAUAGCCUGCGACAGAGACAAUGGUGUGAAUUAUAUUAUUCAGGAGGGUCUGGAGAGCACCGGCUGCACCAUUGUGUUCCUCAUCCUGUAUUAUUUCGGCAUGGCCAGCUCCCUCUGGUGGGUUAUCCUGACCCUAACUUGGUUCCUCGCUGCUGGGAAGAAGUGGGGCCACGAGGCCAUUGAGGCCAACAGCAGCUACUUCCAUCUGGCAGCCUGGGCCAUCCCGGCCGUGAAGACCAUCAUGAUACUGGUGAUGAGGAAGGUGGCUGGCGAUGAGCUGACGGGCGUCUGCUAUGUGGGCAGUAUGGAUGUCAAAGCUCUCACAGGCUUUGUGCUCAUUCCUCUUUCCUGCUACCUCAUCAUCGGCACCUCAUUCCUGCUGUCUGGCUUCGUGGCCCUCUUCCAUAUACGGAAGAUUAUGAAAACAGAGGGGGAGAACACGGAUAAGCUGGAGAAGCUGAUGGUGCGCAUCGGCGUCUUCUCCGUCCUCUACACUGUCCCCGCCACCUGCGUCAUCGCCUGCUAUUUCUACGAGAGGCUCAACAUGGACUACUGGCGCAUACUCGCCAAGGACAAGAAGUGUUUUGACGGCAGCGGGCCGGAGUCGGACGACUGCGUCAUGAAGGCCUCCAUCCCCGCCGUGGAGAUCUUCAUGGUGAAGAUCUUCAUGCUGCUGGUGGUGGGCAUCACCAGCGGCAUGUGGAUCUGGACCUCGAAGACGCUGCAGUCCUGGCAGAACGUGUUCAGCAGGAAGCUGAAAAAGAGGACAAGGAGGAAGGCGGCCAGCGUCUUCACGAGUAGCAGGCCUUACAUUAAGCCUCACCCGUCCCUCAAAGGGCACAACACCAAGUAUGAGCCUACACGCCCCCCCCCAACAUGUGUUUAAAGGAAGCCAAAACUAACUUUUAUAAUUUAUGGCUCAUGCAUUGAGAACAUAUAUUUGUUUUGUUUAGUUUUUUUCAAAAAUGUCACCCAACAAAAGCAGCCUUUCUUUGUGGAAAAUCUACUUUUCCUUUUAAUCUCUUGUCCUUUUGAGGAACUUGGAAUAAAUAAAAGUAUCCUUUGAUUCCCUGGAGAAUAAGAGCGGAGUAAACCAUUUGAAUGUACCUCGGCGUUAUUCAAAUAAUGUGCAAUAGAUAAUUUCCUUUCUGGCUAAAAGACACUUGUACUGCUGGAGGCAGAUUAUGGACAAUGUUGGAGCCCCAGCAGACAACAGAAGCAAAUGGUCAGAGAGAUGAGUACAGAUUUCAGCCCUUUUUCAUGGAAAUUCAGCCUGUGUCAUAUAUGUUUGAACUGGACUGAAAGCAGCCGUUGAAAGGGGCUGAAGAUCAUGAUGAAAUAACCAUUGUGAGGCGAAUCCUCACCCAUAAAUUAAUCAAGCACUCGGUGUUGAAAAGAUGUUUGCCUACACUGUUUUUCUGUUGUUGGUUUUUUUAUUUCCUUGCUGUUUCAUAGCACAAAUGAGUGUUUGUAUAUACUUCCUUUUUUAAAAAACAAAGUUGAAAUUUUAUAGAAAACUAAAUAAAGAAAACAUUUAGUUUUAAUUGUUGCAAAGCUGGAAUCAAUGAGUGUUGAUCGGACAGCCUUUCAAAGCUAAUGUUUUCAUGCUUUUAAAGGACUAAUAUUUUAAAACAUAACCUUUAUUCCUACUUUAUGAAUUCUCUUAGACAUAACCAAAAAAAAAAUGUUUUUCAAAGGAUUAUUAGCUUUGCAGUUAACCUAACCUGGUAAAUGUUCAUGCACUAAGCCUCUGGGAUAAAAAUAACUGUUUUGCACCAGAUAUCUCGUUUUGUAGAAAGUGAAUUAAGUUGCAUGCAAGAUAGUGGCAUCCUCACUCAUGUUGUUUAUCAUUCAUUUUUGACUAUAUCAAAAGAAAAAUGCAAAAAGAACCUUUAUUUUUGGAACAGAUAAGACCGUCCGUGAUUUGUUCACCUCCACAAGAAUUUUUUUUUUUCAUUUAUGUAUCACCUUUCAAUAGGAAGUAACAAAAAAAAGCAUUUGUAGCCAAAGAAAUAUGGAUCGUUCCUGCUUAAAAGUUAAAUAUUAUUGCUUUAAAAGUUUUAUAAUGUUUAGUUAUUCUUACUAGUAAGUAAGACUGCGGCAUUCUUGUUCCUUAUUGUUUGGAUUUCAUAAUUUUCUAAGCCGGUUUUUCAGUUCCUUACUGGUACGAUACAGUAAUAAUAUUAAUCUUAUUUAUUUAUUUUCUUAUUUCUCCUUUUUCCAGGUCAGUUCAUCUGCCUUUCUUAAACAAUUUUUCGGCAGGAUUAGCCAGUCUGAAGUGUGAGGAACACUUUAAAGCUAAUUAUGUAUGUUGUGUCUUAUUAGCAGGCUAUCAGUGAUAUUUUUAGUAACUAAUUUUUGUUGUAAAAAGCUGCUACUUAAAUUAUCUACACAGGUUUUAAAACUAAAUACACUGGUGCACUGCAAAAACGAUCUAGAAAUAAGUAAAAAUGUCUUGAAUUAAGUGUAUUCACCCUUAAUUUGAGCAGGUUA